GAAUCUUUCAAUACUUGUCAAAGGCAGUAUUUGACUGCAUCUAGACCUCCCAACAACCAACGCCAAUCGCACAGGCAAGCCAAAACCAUAUACUCGAGCAGUCAUCAUGCUACCAAACACCCAGAACCCCAGCGUCCAGGAGGUUCGGGAAGUCCACGAGUUCGAUGGAAACUCCUCGGCCAAAGGGCCAAGCACACCACGUGCCUUUAACAACUACUCCUCCUCCUGGAUUUCCUCUUCCCCAGCCACCGCAACCACGACCAUAUCCUCUCCUUCUCUUAUCCCCUCCCCCUCCUCCUCCGCCGCCGCGGCCACCGCCCAGAAGCAGCAGCUUCAGCCCCUCAACGUAGCCCAUCCAGUAAUUUCCAACUUCGUCGUUGCCGAAACAGACGCGAGUUUCUUGGGAUACACAACCCCCACUGGAGCCACAGAAGGAGUCCUUUCGGUUCGGUCGCCGUCACCACCACCGUCGCCGUCGGUGUCCAAGCCCCAAACUAGGCCUGAACCUGAUUUUGAACUCGAAGCGGGGGAGUCGAAAUCAGGGGCAAUACCAAUAGGAAAAACAACGGCGCAGGUAACGGCAGGCCAAGAUACGGUCAUGGCUAUUUUGAUCACACCACGGGCGCGUGAUGCCGACUUUGCACAACGUGAGAAACAAGAAGAAGAAGAAGAAGAAAAAGAGGCCGAAGAGGCUGCAAAGAAGAACAAAAUCAGGAGGCAGACUGCUGCUUCAUAUUCUGUCUGUGCAAAAUGGUUGAGAGAGCAGAUGGAAGACUCGGGGCGAGCAGAUAUAAGAAGGAGGAGGAGAGGAUAGGGGGUAAGCGGAUACCCUAUGGAUAAUGCCUACCUCUAAGUAAAAGG